UUCUUAAAAAAGGUCAACAUAGGAUCCUAAUGACCUGCAGUGAAUAAGUUAAUAAUCGGCCCUAUUCCCGUUGGCGUUGUCGUCCAUUUUGAAACGAAGAUAGGAACGCCAUAGAAACAUUCGUCUACUGUCGUCCGCAUUUUUUAGAACGAAAGCGAAAGGAUUACGAUUUUAAUAAAGUUAAAAUGAAAAUUACUACCGUGCAGCAAUUUGAGGUUUUAGUUUCAGAAAUGGAAAAGAAUCCCGCGUACGCCAAAGGUUUUAGGAAGGGCAUAAAACCUCUUAACUUCAACAGUUUUUGGAACGUGGUUGCGGAAAAAGUAAAUCCUUUUGGACCUCCAGUUCGUGAUGGAGAAGGUUGGCAUAAAGUAUGGAAGGACUUGAAAUUCAAGGUAAAGAAAAAACUGGUCAACAACAAAACCGAAGCGAGAGCAACAGGAGGAGGAGCCAAUAGACAAAUGCAACUGUCUCCACUGGAAGGAGCGGUGGCAAAUUGGUUGCAGUUUGAGCAGCAAAUAAACCCCAAAGGGAGUGAGUUGGGUUUGGUUGAAGAAACCGAAAUUGAUGAGUUGCUUAACCUUGAUGAAACGACUGCGAGUUCUCAAGUACAGGCAAAUGCAGAAAACGCCGAAGAAUACGUCAUCGAAGAAUAUGUGGAAGAUGAAACACCCACAGUUUCAACAAGAG